ACAUGGAUCCGGUCGGCCGGUGGCGUGGCCUGCCCGAGGGGCCCACCCUGAAGCAUCUGACCGAGCCCUCUUACGGGGUCCCGCGGGAGCAGCAGAACGCAGCCUUGCAGGAGCUGACGCGGGCGCACGUGGAGUCGUUCAACUAUGCAGUGCGCGAGGGGCUCAGCCAGGCGGUGCAGGCCAUACCUCCCUUUGAGUUUGCUUUCAAAGAUGAGCGCAUCACGCUUACCAUUGUGGGCGCCGAGAUCAGCCCACCCACAGUUCCCAAGGGGACCAUCUGCAAAGAGCUCAAUGUGUAUCCGGCCGAGUGCCGUGGCCGAAGGAGCACCUACCGCGGGAGGCUGAUGGCUGAUAUCAACUGGGCAGUAAAUGGCGCCUCCAGAGGAAUCAUCAAACAGUUUCUUGGCCAUGUCCCCAUCAUGGUGAAAUCCAAGCUUUGCAACUUGUAUGGGCUUCCUCCCCAGGCCCUCAUCAAACACCACGAGGAGCCAGAGGAAAUGGGAGGCUAUUUUAUAAUCAAUGGCAUUGAGAAAGUCAUCCGGAUGUUGAUUAUGCCUCGGAGAAAUUUCCCCAUUGCCAUGGUACGGCCAAAAUGGAAAAGCAGAGGACCUGGCUACACUCAGUAUGGGGUGUCCAUGCACUGCGUGAGGGAGGAGCACUCUGCAGUGAACAUGAACCUGCACUACCUGGAGAACGGCACGGUCAUGUUGAACUUCAUCUACCGGAAGGAGCUAUUUUUUCUUCCUUUGGGAUUUGCACUUAAGGCCCUUGUCAGCUUUUCCGAUUACCAGAUUUUCCAGGAGCUCAUCAGAGGGAAAGAGGACGACUCUUUCUUCCGGAACUCUGUCUCCCAGAUGCUGAGGAUUGUCAUGGAGGAGGGUUGUUCUACCCAGAAGCAGGUCCUUAACCAUCUCGGCGAAUGUUUCCGAGUAAAGCUCAACCUUCCGGACUGGUACCCGAAUGAGCAGGCUGCGGAAUUCCUGUUUAACCAGUGCAUCUGUAUCCACUUGAAAUCCAACACGGAGAAGUUUUACCUGCUUUGCUUCAUGACUCGGAAGCUCUUUGCUUUAGCCAAAGGCGAGUGCAUGGAGGACAAUCCUGACAGUUUAGUCAAUCAGGAGGUGCUCACACCUGGCCAGCUCUUCCUUAUGUUUCUGAAGGAAAAGAUGGAAGUUUGGUUAACAUCUAUCAAAAUUGCCCUGGAUAAGAAAGCUCAGAAGUCCAACGUGUCCAUUAACACUGAGAAUUUGCAAAAGAUCUUUAGUAUGGGAGCUGACCUGACCAGGCCAUUUGAAUAUCUUCUGGCUACUGGGAACCUGCGUUCCAAAACAGGUCUGGGCAUCCUGCAAGAUUCUGGACUCUGUGUUGUGGCCGACAAACUGAACUUCAUACGCUACCUCUCCCACUUCCGCUGCGUGCACAGAGGGGCUGCAUUCGCCAAGAUGAGGACCACCACGGUCCGCAGGCUGCUCCCGGAGUCCUGGGGCUUCCUGUGUCCCGUGCACACCCCUGACGGCGAGCCCUGUGGCCUCAUGAACCACCUGACUGCCAUCUGCGAGGUCGUCACGCAGUUUGUGUACACGACAUCCAUCGCACCACUGCUCUGCAGCUUAGGGGUCACACCUGUCGAUGGGACUCCGCAGCGACCGCACAUCGAGUGCUACCCUGUCCUGCUGGAUGGCGUCAUGAUGGGCUGGGUGGACCAGGAAUUGGCUCCUGGCAUUGCAGAUACUCUCCGUCAUUUCAAGGUGUUGAGAGAAAAAAGAAUCCCCCCUUGGAUGGAGGUGGCCCUUGUCCCCAUGACGGGAAAACCCAGCCUGUACCCGGGUCUGUACCUUUUUACCACUCCUUGCAGGCUCGUCCGGCCUGUGCAGAAUGUGGAACUAGGCAGAGAAGAGCUGAUUGGAACUAUGGAGCAGCUCUUCAUGAAUGUGGCAAUCUUUGAAGGUGACGUUUUGGCCGGAGUCACCACGCACCAGGAGCUCUUCCCUCACAGCAUGCUCAGCGUGAUCGCCAACUUCAUCCCUUUCUCCGAUCACAACCAGAGUCCCCGGAACAUGUACCAGUGCCAGAUGGGCAAACAAACAAUGGGCUUUCCACUUCUCACUUACCAAGACCGAUCGGAUAAUAAACUGUACCGUCUGCAGACACCACAGAGUCCCUUAGUGAGGCCGUACAUGUACGACUACUAUGACAUGGAUAACUACCCCACCGGGACCAAUGCCAUUGUGGCCGUGAUUUCUUACACUGGCUACGACAUGGAGGAUGCCAUGAUCGUGAAUAAGGCUUCUUGGGAACGGGGCUUUGCCUACGGAAGCGUCUACAAGUCUGAGUUCAUAGACCUCUCUGAAAAAAUCAAGCAAGGAGAUGAUAGUUUGGUGUUUGGAGUCAAACCUGGCGACCCGCGGGUUUCACAGACGUUGAAUGAUGACGGCUUGCCAUUCAUAGGAGCGAAGCUGCAGUAUGGGGACCCAUAUUAUGGCUACCUAAACCUCAACACCGGGGAGAGCUUUGUGGUGUACUAUAAGAGUAAAGAAAAUUGUAUUGUGGACAACGUCAAAGUGUGCAGUAACGACAGUGGGACUGGCAAAUUCAAGUGCAUCUGCAUCACCCUGAGAGUCCCGCGGGGGCCAACCAUCGGAGAUAAGUUCGCCAGUCGUCACGGGCAGAAGGGCAUCUUGAGCUGCCUGUGGCCGGCGGAGGACAUGCCCUUCACCGAGAGUGGGAUGGUCCCCGACAUCCUGUUCAACCCUCACGGCUUCCCGUCGCGUAUGACCAUCGGCAUGCUGAUUGAGAGCAUGGCGGGGAAGUCCGCGGCCUUGCACGGCCUCUGCCACGACGCCACCCCCUUUACCUUCUCCGAGGAGAACUCGGCCCUGGAGUACUUUGGUGAGAUGCUCAAGGCCGCCGGCUACAACUUCUAUGGCACCGAGAGGUUGUAUAGCGGCAUCAGCGGGCUGGAACUAGAGGCCGACAUCUUCAUAGGCGUGGUCUAUUACCAGCGCCUACGCCACAUGGUCUCAGACAAAUUUCAGGUCAGAACAACCGGAGCCAGGGACAAAGUCACCAACCAGCCCAUCGGGGGCAGGAAUGUCCAGGGUGGUAUCCGCUUCGGGGAGAUGGAGCGGGACGCUCUGCUGGCUCAUGGCACGUCCUUCCUGCUUCAUGACCGCCUCUUCAACUGCUCCGACCGCUCCAUAGCCCACGUGUGCGUAGAGUGUGGCAGCUUACUCUCGCCUCUGUUGGAGAAGCCGCCCCCGUCGUGGUCUGCCAUGCGCAACAGAAAGUACCACUGUGCGCUCUGUAAGCGCAGCGACACCAUCGACACCGUAUGUGUGCCUUACGUGUUCCGGUAUUUUGUAGCUGAACUGGCAGCUAUGAACAUCAAGGUGAAGCUGGAUGUCGCAUAAUCUGAGACUGCUCUUCUAGGAGAUGAAAACGCACGGUACAGGUGCUGUGGCAGGUUAAGCCACCACACUGCCCACAUCUGACAUGGGUGCCAGCCUCU